AAGAUCCACGCGUGCCUUCAACACUGGUGUGCAGCGCCGCGUGCGCCGUUGCCCUUUUAAGGACGCGGUGGGGAGCAGGCGAAUGACGUUUGCAGGCGCGAGCGCGGAGUCGCGGCUCUGAGCGCCAGGCGGAGCGGCGAGCAACGACGCACGGCUGUAGAGGUGUGUGCUGAGUGACCCCAGCAUGCGUGAAUAUAAGCUUGUGGUCUUGGGCUCUGGAGGUGUGGGAAAAUCUGCACUGACUGUGCAGUUUGUUCAGGGAAUAUUUGUGGAAAAAUAUGACCCCACAAUAGAAGACUCCUAUAGGAAGCAAGUAGAAGUGGAUGGGCAGCAAUGUAUGCUAGAAAUCCUCGACACAGCAGGCACAGAACAGUUUACGGCAAUGAGGGAUCUGUAUAUGAAGAACGGACAGGGCUUUGCUCUGGUCUACUCCAUCACAGCACAGUCCACCUUUAAUGAUCUUCAAGACCUGAGAGAACAGAUCUUAAGAGUCAAAGACACAGAGGAUGUGCCAAUGAUUCUGGUGGGGAACAAAUGUGAUUUGGAGGAUGAGAGAGUUGUUGGGAAGGAGCAAGGCCAAAAUCUUGCUCGCCAGUGGAGUAACUGUGCCUUCCUAGAAUCCUCAGCCAAAUCAAAGAUCAACGUCAAUGAGAUUUUCUAUGACCUGGUUAGACAGAUUAAUAGAAAAACGCCGGUGGAAAAGAAGAAAGCCAAAAAGAAGUCAAAUUGCACACUGCUCUAAAAUGCACAUACCCUCCCCAGCAGCAGUUCUGAGCCAGAAUGCUGAGAUGAAGACCUGUUGCCCUACUGGCCAGCAUUCCAGCCCCAUUCAAUAAUUAUUGGAAACAAUGUUGGCAAAGGCAGAACAUAAAAACUCACCCCUCGGCUUACAGAAAGGAGUGAAAAGAAUUUUAUCUUCUCACAUUUUCAACAUUUCUGCUUUUCCUUCCCAAACUUACCUUUUCUCCCCCUUACCCCCUAACCCCCAACCCCCAGAUAUGAUGCAUUGUAAAACAGAAAAGAAUUGUCUUUCCUGAGCUCUUACAGUUUUUUGCAUUUGCCAUUUUUUGAAGAAGGACUCUAAGAACCAGACUUUUGUGGAUUCAUUUGGGGGAAGUGGGCAACAUGCUUUUCAUUAAUACCUUUUAGAAGCAUGACCACAUUUAAAAACAAUCAUAUUAAUGUUUGCAAAAGAUUAAUCAUGCUCAUAUACUAGACUUUGUUGUUUUAUCACUAUCUUUAUGACCAAGCCCAGUCUUCUUGCUAAUAUGCACUCCAGAACUACAUCUGGUGCAGUUUAUGCUUCUCCCUAUUCAAAUGGACCAGCUCAUCAUAAAGUAAUAUAGUAGAACUGUUUUCAUAUUUCCCAUAAUUUAUGAUAAAUUCUGUUUUUUGCAUAGAGAGGUUUUGGAAAAUGGUUCUUUUAUUUAGAGAUGGGCAGAAAUAACAAAUGGGUUUCUUUGUCUUAUGCUGAAAAAUAUAUUGUACUAAAACCAACUCUAAUAUCUUUGUGUUGUUCUGUCAUGCUCAAAGUGGUAAUUUUUCAGCUUUUAUGAACGAUUAAAUUUUAGUACAUUUUCAUUAA